GCUCCCACUUCCCUCCCCCUCUUGGCGCCACUGUGGUUUCUCCCGCCGUCGCGCUCUCCGGAAGUGCCGGGGCUGUUCGUUUCCUCGCUUCGAACGGCCGUUCGUCUUUUGCCGCGAUCCAUCGGCGCCGAAUUUCUUCCGUUAAGGAUCGAGAGUCUAGCAGCCAACAUGUCAAGCAAAAGAGCAAAGACAAAGACCACUAAGAAGCGCCCUCAGCGUGCUACGUCCAAUGUAUUUGCUAUGUUUGAUCAGUCACAGAUACAAGAAUUUAAAGAGGCAUUCAAUAUGAUUGAUCAAAACAGAGAUGGUUUUAUUGACAAAGAAGAUCUGCAUGAUAUGCUUGCUUCACUUGGGAAAAAUCCAACUGAUGAAUAUCUAGAUGCCAUGAUGAAUGAGGCUCCAGGACCCAUAAACUUCACUAUGUUUCUCACAAUGUUUGGCGAAAAAUUAAAUGGUACUGAUCCAGAAGAUGUAAUCAGGAAUGCCUUUGCAUGUUUUGAUGAAGAAGCAACAGGCUUCAUUCAAGAAGACUACUUGAGAGAAUUGUUGACAACAAUGGGAGACAGAUUUACAGAUGAAGAAGUUGAUGAGCUGUUCAGAGAGGCACCAAUUGAUAAAAAGGGCAAUUUCAAUUACAUUGAGUUCACACGCAUCCUGAAACAUGGAGCAAAAGACAAAGAUGACUAAAACAGAACUCUUGCUUCUGCAUUGCUCUUUAGAUCUCAUGGUUAUCUUCAAGGGGGAUUUUUCCUGGUAGAACCUGUUGCAUGCAGCUAGCUUUACAGCUUUUACCUAUCUCGAUGUAUUUAUCUAUACAAGGCCAUUCUGGCACACCUUGCACCAGUUUAAUAAGGCCAGCAAUGGAAAUUGUAAUUUUGGUGAAUGUGGAGGUUGAGACCAAUGAGUUUGAAGGCCCAGGAAAAAUAAUCUCUGUUUUUCUGGUUUAGCUGGAUUUUUACAUUUUGUAAUAAUGCCAUUUUGAAAUAAGAUUGCUAUAUCAAUAAAAUACCUCAAAUGCUAAAUUGUGAAGUAUAAGAUUUUAUUAAGAGUUGAUAAUCCAAACAUCAUGAUUUCUCUAAAGAAGAAUAGGAAAAUGAUCUUAUGAAAUACUAAUAUCACUGUAUCACUACUUCAUGUAGAUUCAACUGUGUACCUAUUGUACUUUUAAUUUUUUUUCAGGAUAAACAUCCUGCACAUAUAUUUGCUGAGUAGAUUGGCCUAGAGAACCAUGACAUUACUACUUCCAUGGAUCUUCAGUUUUUAUCUACCUUUGUUCAAUUCAUUAUUCUUACGAAGCUUUCAUUUUUUUAUUUUUACAUAGGUGAGAAUUUAUAGAUCAUUACUAUUCUGGAUUCAUGAACAUGAAUCCAGAAUACUAUGAAUAUGAACAUGAACACUUUUUCUCAGUGUGUCACUGGACAA